UAGUUCACGCCUCGAAUCAUACACACCGCACAUAUACCUAUUGACCGACGCAUUAACGACUUUCAAGUCCACCACACUGGAGCAAGUUGGAUGAUUAAGUUGAGGAACAGCAACAAGAACUAGCCGCGAAUAAAGGAUUAGAUAGCCAACAACACUUCAACCUCCAUCUUCAUCCAACAUAUCAUCUCCGGUCCAGCCAACUUUGGCCACCUGAUCCAUAGACAGUGCCUAUCUGUUUCCGGAACAAAGACUUCAACCUCCUCGUCGCCGGUGGGUCUUCUUUCUCGCUGGAGUUCUGCACUCAGAUCUCACGUGUGAUAUCUGCUUGACUUCUGGUUAGAUUUCAAUGGCAUUUAGUACCCAGAGAUCCCUUGCAUCUCUUCCUCCGGCUGAAUCAGGUCCUCGGUGGAAGCACGACGUCUUUCUGAGUUUCAGGGGUGAAGACACCCGCAAGGGUUUUACAUCCCAUUUAUAUCACGAAUUGCAUUAUUGGCAAGCAAUCAAGACUUUCAAGGAUGACCGAGAGCUUGAUAUAGGAUCACGUAUUUCUCCAGAGCUCUUGAGCGCUAUUCGAGAAUCACAACUUGCAAUUGUUGUUCUCUCCCCUCACUAUGCUUCUUCCACCUGGUGCUUGGAUGAACUAACAAAGAUUAUCGAGUGCAUGGAGGCAAGAAAUGCAAUUCUGCCAAUAUUUUAUGAGGUAAAUCCCUCGGACGUACGAAAACAACGAGGGAGUUUUGCAGAAGCCUUCACCAUGCAUGAAGAGAAGUUUGGAGAGGUCGACGCAGAGAAGGUGAAGCAAUGGAGAGUCGCAUUAACAAAAGCGGCCAAUCUUUCAGGGUGGGAUUCAAAGAAUUACAAGUCUGAAAGAGAGCUCAUCGAAGACAUUGUAAAAUAUGUGUGGAGAAAAGUCCAUCCUAAUCUUAAAUUGUUAGAUUCCACAGAGCCGCUAGUCGGAAUUGACUCUACACUUCAACAACUAGGUUUGCUUUUAGCUCAAGAGGCUAAUGAUGUACGCUUUAUAGGAAUAUGGGGGAUGGGUGGUAUAGGGAAGACCACCAUAGCUAAGUUGGUUUUUCAGAAAAUUUCUCAUCAUUUUGAACUUGCGAAGUUUCUUACUAAUGUCAGAGAGGUGUCUGCAAGACAUGGUACUCUAGUUGAUUUACAAAAACAACUUCUUUCUCCAAUGUUGAAGGAAAGUAUUACAGAAGUUUAUGAUGAAAUGCAGGGAACCUUGUUUACUAAGAAUUGCUUGAGUAAUAAAAAGGUUCUUCUUGUUCUUGAUGAUGUGGAUCAAGUCAAUCAACUAGAGAAAUUGGCUAAACGUGAAGAUUGGUUUGGUGCAGGAAGUAGAGUCAUCAUUACAACUCGAGAUGAACGUCUGCUAGUUGAGCAUGGCAUAGAGUUGAUUUAUAAAGUUGAAGGGUUAAAUGAUGAAGAAGCUCUGGAGCUCUUCAGUCAAAAUGCUUUUCAAAAGGAUCAAUAUGACGAAGGUUUGCUAGAAUUGUCCAAGUCUUUUGUAAAUUAUGCUAGAGGGCUUCCAUUAGCUCUUAAAGUUUUGGGACGGUCUUUAUAUAAGAGAGGCCGAGAUGAAUGGAUUAGUGCAUUGGGCAAACUAAAGAAAAGUCCUGGUAGAGAAAUUUUUACUUCACUCAAAAUAAGUUAUGAUAGACUAGAUGAGACAGACAAGGACAUUUUUCUUGAUGUAGCAUUUUUCCAUAAGGGGAAGGACAAGGAGGAACUACUUGAAAUACUAGACAAAACUUAUGACUUUUCCAGUCUUCUUGGGAUAAAUGUUCUCAUUGAGAAGUCUCUCCUGACUAUUAGUAAAUCCCUCUAUAAUAAUUCACGCACCAACGUGGAGAUGCAUGAUUUGAUACAAGAAAUGGCAUGGGAAAUUGUUCGUCAAGAGUCUCCCGAUGAACCUGGUCGACGCAGCCGUUUGUGCCAUCAUAUGGACAUAUUUCAUGUAUUCAUAAACAAUUCGGGAACACAAGCACUCAAGGGCAUUGUCCUCCGCUUGCCCGAAUUGGAAAAGGCGUACUGGAAUUGUGAAGCCUUCUCCAAAAUGUCUCAACUAAGGUAUGUUGAAUUUCAGAAUGUGAACAUACCUUCAGGCCCAAGUUUUCUUCCCAAGACUCUGAUAACUCUCAAAUGGAGUUGGUAUCCUUCCAAAUGUCUUCCAUAUGACUUUCAACUGCAUUUCCUUACUGAGCUUAAGAUGCCUAAAAGCAACCUUGUUCAGCUUUGGGAGGGAGCACAGGAUUUGCCCAACUUGAAAUAUUUGGAUCUCGUAUACUCAGAAAACUUGACCAAGACCCCAGAUUUCACACGCACUCCUAAUCUUAAGGAGCUGGUACUUCGACAUUGUACAGAUUUAGUUGAAAUCCACCCUUCCAUUGCAAUGCUCAAAAGGCUUGAGAGAUUGGAUUUAUCAGACUGUACAAGUAUUACGAGUCUCCCUACGGAGUUUGAAACGGAUUCUCUUAAGUUUUUCAGUGUUAAGCAUUGCUCAAAACUGAAAAAGAUUCCAGAAUUUGGGGAACAGAUGAAAAAUUUGUUACAGCUUUGGCUAAGUGGGACUGCUAUUGUGAAAGUCCCUUCAUCAAUUGACCGCCAAGUUGGCCUUAAAUAUCUUCAGCUACAUGAUUGUGAAAGUCUUUUGUGUCUUCCCAAUGCCAUAUGCAAUCUGAAGUUUCUCUUACAGCUGGAUAUCUCCAGAUGCUCAAAAUUUGAGAAACUCCCAGAGAACUUGGGGAAGAUGGAGAGUUUAGAGUAUUUUCGUAUGAAUGAAACUUCGAUAACAGACUUGCCGCCCUCCCUUUCACUUUUGAAAGAUCUCCAAGUACUAGAGUGUCGUGGAUCACCAAUAAAGAAGCAAGAUGGGGGCUUCUGGGGUUUGUUUGUAAGAAAGAGUCCAGAACCUUUGGGCUUGGUGUUGCAUUCUCUAAAUGGUUUACGCUCCUUGAAGCAGUUAGAUCUAAGUGAUUGUAAUAUUUGUCAAGGAGGUAUCCCGGAUGACAUUGGUUGCUUGUCCUUUGUACAACAGUUGGAUCUUAGUGGAAAUAAUUUUGUUACCUUACCUUCAAGCAUCAAAAGGCUUUCGAAUCUUCAUGUAUUUCGGUUGCAGAGGUGCCAAAGGCUUCAGCAAGUACCAGAUCUUCCAUCAACCAGUUCAUUACAUAUAUCUGCAGACGACUGCAUUUCUUUGGUAAUGUUGCCACAACCAUCAGAGUUGAGGAGAUCUUCCAUCAAAUCACGGGGCUUUUCUUUCACUUCUGCCAAUUGCUUUGGACUGGUUGACAAUGAAGGCUGUAAUAAUGGAAUAUUUUCAAUGCUGAGACGACUGGCCUCUCAGGGGAUCUCCACCGAUUAUGGUAACUUUUCUUUCAAUAUUGUAAGUCCUGGAAGUAAAAUUUCAGAGUGGUUCGCGUUCCAAAAUGAGGGAGAUUCACUAAUUGUGGAGCUUCCUCUUCCGGAUUCAUGGAGAUCAUCAAAGUGGAUGGGGCUUGCUUUUUGUGUCAUGUUUGCAGAUGAUCCAGCAGCUUCUCUUGAAUAUGACUAUUCAGUAAUUGAAUGUUCAUCAGAAGGGAUUGACUCUCUAUCCUGGCAGUUGGGAAAAAAGGGCAAUCUUGUGAAAGAUCACUUUUGGGUAUUUUAUUUGCAUCGUCAAGAAUAUUGGAACAAUACCACAGCCAGUAGUCAUAUUAGGUUUUCAUUACAAACGUAUUGCCGUUCAAACCAGGUACCAUUAGUCUUGAGUAUUGAUGAGCUCAGCAAGUAUGGGAAUCUUGUGACCAAGGGUGCAUAUAAUGUGAAGAAAUGCGGGGCACGUUUGGUGUUCGAAGAUGAUUUGGACGAACUCCUCAACGGAACGAUGAACAACAUCCUUCAGCCAACAAGUGAAUACUGUGACGAGGAGGAGUCAGGUCCAGGUAGAAGUGGUAUCUCUGACAAUGAAUAUUACUCUGCUGAAGAAUGAAGCAAGAGUACAAACUAAUGGUAGCUGCUGUGCUUGAUGCUUCUUUAUUCAUUAAAACUCAGCGAAAGCUGAUAAUGAUGAUGGUAAGUUACCAUCUGAAGAUGGUAUAUAGCUAAUGGUCUUGCUGGUUCUUAAUUAGUUAUUGUAAACUAUUGUUUUGUUCAGAUUCAUGUUAGCCUAACAGAGGCUUUAAUAUUCCGAAAGUACCUUUUUGUUUUCUUGUUAGAAUGGUUCCUGUUGUAAGACAAAUCUUUAGAAAUUAAUGAAGUUUUUUGGAAAUUAGUAAUUAGGUAAUAG